AUGCUUAUAAAUGAUAUAAUUAAUCAAACUCUACAAGAUUUACAAAAGAAAGACUAUUCAAAUUUUAACGACUCUUUAACAUUAAUAUCUCAGGCUAUUCAAAAUGUCGAUAAACAAAUUGAUAAUUUAGAAUCAAUUGAUAAGAUAUUACAAUAUACUCCUGAAAAUAAUGUAUUACAAUUGAGAUUAUACAGAGGACUAUUAUUGAUAGUCAGAAAUGCAGCGCCAACUUUAGAUAUAGAAUAUUUUCCAAGAGUGAUAACUAGUUUCAAACAAUUUCUACUACUUGAAGAAACUGAAUGGGUUGAUAAAACAAUACAAGUAUUUUGGGAAAUUUUAGCUAAUUUCAAAAGAAAUGACUAUAUUAAUCAAAUUAAUAGUUUAUUUGAGUCGACCAAAAUUGUUGAAACUCCACUCAUACAUUUUUUAUUUCGACAAUUUAAUUCAGACGAGCUGGAUCUAACAAACGAAAAUCUAUUAAAGCUUUUGAAGAUUAAGGAGAAUUAUGUGUUAAAUACAAUCUUUAAUCUUUAUUUGGGGAUUAGCGAUAAUCAUGAUUCUAAAAUGUUACUACAUCUUAUAUAUGAUAUUAUAACUCAUGAAAGUUUCAAAAAAUGGAUUGAUUCACAAAAAGAAGAAGUACAAAUAAAAUGGUUAGAGCUCACAAGUGUUGUCAUUGAGACAAAUGAUGAUUGGGAUAAUUUUCAACUUGUAGGUUUAUUGGCUUGGGUUGUACCGAUUUUUUUGGACUAUGAAAGUAAGCUAAAUGCUGACACUAUAAAAGACGAAAGAAUCGAAAAAUAUUUACUCAAUUCAUUACAUAUAUUGGCAGAGUGUUCAAAAUAUAAAGCUGCGAUUCAAUUUUUUGAGCAUGAACAAUUAUUAAAGCCAUUGAUUUCAUUACUUAAAACAAUUCAUGAGAAUGUGAAGCGAGUCACAAUGAAAUCAAAGAUUGAAGAAAUUGUAAAUUAUUCUUCUUCGAAAUCAUAUAUAAUAAUAAUUUUGUCAUAUAUGGCAUAUCAAUCACAUAAAAAUCAAGAACUCAUUAGAGAACUAGGCGGUCUAGCGUUGGUAUUAUCCAAUUGUCAAAUUGACGAAAAUAAUCCGUUCAUCAAAGAACAAGCAAUUUUAUGUAUAAAAUAUUUAUUAGAAAAGAAUCAAAAAAAUCAACAGUUUGUUGCUGAACUAGAAGCCAAGAAAACAAUUGAUGAUGAAGUGUUACAAGAGGUUGGAUAUAAAGUUGAUAUAGUGGAUGGGAAAGUAGAAUUGAAAAAAAAGGAAUCAAAUUAA